GAGAGAAGAGAAGAAAUAGAAGGAAGAAAAAAUAUAUAUAAGGAAAGAAAGAGAGAGGUUUUUUCUUUCAGUUGGCCCAAUCUUCCUCUCAAAGACUAUUUCUUUUUGAAUACUCCCAUUCACUUUGUGUGUUCUGUCUGCCUGUUCAACAAUCUCAUCAUCUCUCUCUCUCACUAGCAAAUAAAAAAACCAAAGCUCCCAUCGUUGUUUCAGUUCAUGGAUCCCCAGAUCUAAUGCUCCAACACACACUUGAGCUUUUCCUCUGAUUCCUUCAAGAUCUUAAUCUUUAACUGCAACCCUUUGUUAGUUUCAACUUGGAAGACUGUUGGUGUGUAGAAGUUGAGCUGAGAAGUAGAAGAGAGUUGUGUUUGUUUAGUAUUUGCAAUUGAGAAUUGGGGGGAGACUGUUUUUUGUAAAGGUGGCUGUUACAUGUGGAGAUUUUGGAGGGUUGUGUGGAUGAGAUGAGGGAUGUUAUCAGAGUUGAUGAACUUCUUGAGGUCCUGUUUUCGGCCGAGGUCGAAUGGUUAUGCUCACACCAGUUCAGAUGCAGUGGGGAGACAAGAUGGGCUCCUGUGGUACAAAGACACAGGCCAGCACAUCAAUGGUGAUUUCUCAAUGGCCGUAGUUCAGGCCAACAAUUUGCUUGAGGAUCAGAGUCAGGUCGAGUCCGGAAGUUUGAGCACGAGUGAGUCUGGGCCGUUUGGAACUUUUAUUGGUGUUUAUGAUGGGCAUGGUGGACCGGAGACAUCACGCUUUAUCAAUGAUCACCUCUUUCAGCAUCUCAAGAGAUUUAGUUCGGAACAGCAGUCCAUGUCUGUGGAUGUAAUACGUAAAGCCUUUCAAGCAACCGAAGAGGGUUUUCUUUCUGUUGUUACCAGGCAGUGGCCUCUUAAACCGCAGAUUGCGGCAGUGGGAUCCUGCUGCCUCGUUGGUGUUAUUUGUAAUGGAACUCUGUAUAUUGCAAACCUUGGUGAUUCCCGUGCAGUUUUGGGGAGGGUUGUGAAGGCAACUGGGGAGGUACUCUCAAUUCAGUUGUCACAAGAGCAUAAUGCAUGUAUAGAAUCUGUGAGACAGGAGCUGCAUUCUUUGCACCCCGACGAUCCACAGAUUGUACUUUUGAAGCAUAAUGUAUGGCGUGUAAAGGGAGUAAUACAGAUUUCUAGAUCUAUCGGUGAUUUCUAUUUAAAGAAGGCUGAAUUCAACAGGGAGCCUUUGUAUGCUAAGUUUCGUCUUCGGGACCCUAUCAAAAGACCAAUAUUGAGCUCUGACCCCGCAAUUUCAGUGCUCCAAUUGCAACCACACGAUCAGUUUAUUAUAUUUGCUUCUGAUGGACUCUGGGAGCACCUCAGUAAUCAGGAAGCAGUUGAUAUAGUUCAAAAUCAUCCACGAAAUGGAAGUGCAAAGAGGUUAGUGAAAACUGCCCUGCAAGAAGCAGCAAAAAAGAGAGAAAUGCGGUAUUCUGACUUGAAAAAGAUAGACCGUGGUGUUCGUCGCCAUUUCCACGAUGACAUAACCGUGAUUGUUGUGUUUCUUGACUCAAAUCUUGUGAGCAAGGCUACUUCUGUCAAGUGCUCAGUGAGAGGGGGCGGUAUCAGCAUGCCUCCUAAUACUCUGGCUCCUUACACGACUACACCAACGGAAGCUGUCACUACCUGAUCAUUAAACAGACUGUAUCUCAAUGUGUUUGUUCAUACCAUUCUCUUGUGUGAAUACAACUAGGUAGAGCUUCCGAGCCAGACUGCAGGGAGUGGGCCGUCAAUUCUUUAAUGUACAACACUGUAACUUUUAACUGGAAUCUAAUACUUGCAUUUAGCUUCUUUCUGUGCCCAGAAACAAAACAGAACUGGAGAAGACAACUUCAGGCGACUCCUCGGAAAUCAGUCAUAUCAUAGCUACAUUUCCUUGACACUGUUCUUAUCCUUUUCUCAUUUAGCUUUUCAUUUCUCUUGAAAUUUCAGAUCUGUAAAUUGUAUGACAUGUCAAAUUAAGCUUUUGCAUCCUA